CUACCUGUUUGUGUGUUUGUUAUCUUCUUCUUGUUAUUGAAAGUGUUUUCAGAAAUUUGCGUUGUUUUCUGAAAACAGUUGAUAAGUGUUUGGGUUUGGUGUUUUUAUGAGUUCUCAUGUGCGGGUACAGGACUAUUAUCUGUCGUUAAACCAACCUAACCAAAAUGACCGAGCCCCAUUUAAAAAUCUACACAGUUCUCGACAACAAAGUUUUUGAAGUUCCUUAUAAUGCCUCGACAACAGCUGAAGAUGUCUGCAUUCAUGUUUGUAGACAGUUGGGAGUUUUACCUAUAGCCCGACACCUAUUUGGUCUGCGAGUCACAAACAAGCAAAUUUUUCUACGCCCCUCGGCAGUUUUCAACGAAAAAAAUACGCAUUUUGAAUUACGAAUUCGGUUCAAAGUACCGAACUGUACCAAGUUGAGAAAAAUUGAUGAGAGGGCUUAUGACUAUUACUUUCAUCAAGCUCGCAAUGAUGUUCUUGAAAAUAAAAUACCUGACAUUGUUUAUGAGAAGUAUAGGCGGGAAUUGAUGGGUUUGGGGAUUACUGAUAUGUAUAGAGUGAUGUUAGAGAAGGAUAUUCCAAGAGAGAGUGUUGAAAAUGAGUAUAAAAAAUAUAUACCAAAAGAAGUGGUAAAAAGACACUCAAUUUUUAUCAAAAAACCUAUACAUGAUACAUUGGGGAAACUUCAAAAAUCUGUGCAUGAUGCUAAAUAUGUUAAAGCUGAAUAUUUGAAGCAGCUUGAUAUCAUAGCGCCAGAGUACCUUUCUGAAGUUUACAAAGCAGUGACUGAUGAAGACGGUGUCGUUUGUGCCAUCACCAUCAAGGUUACUCCUUAUCACCCAACUGAACCAGGGAUUAAAUUUUCAUCAGAAUCAAACAAAGACUGGCAACGCAUUUGUACCAUUGAAGAACUUGGUUUCAUCUCAAUUAGGGAUGAUGAUGGUACUGUUGAAAUCAGCAGAAAAAACGGAAUCCCAUUUUACUUAAAAUUUAACUCAAAUCAGUUAAUGUUUUCUUUCAUUAGUCUCUUAGAUGGCUACUAUCGACUGACUUGUAAAUGGACUUUUAAUAUUUGUAAAGAUGUUGUAACGCCUUCAUUGCAAAAAUUGUACGCCAUGAAGUGCCACGGACCUGUUGGAGGGGAAUUUUCUUAUGCUAAAUUAGAAGAAAAACGAAGCAACCGCCCAGGGUGUUUCAUAAUCAGGGAAAGUGCCGUUAAAUAUAGCGACUACUAUAUUGAUGUUUGCAUGAAAGACAAUUUAAAUCCACCAAAACCGAAAACUUUCAAAUUGGAAAGAAUAACCGGCGAUGAAUUUAUUUUCAAUGAUGAUUUAACAAGAUACAAGAGUAUUCAGCAACUUAUGGCUGCUUACAAUGAUCCCAAUGGCCCCAUAUUUUUACAAGAAUGUUUGCCACCUUCCGAAUACGACGUUUCACCGUUACUUCUUUGUCAAAGCGAUAAUUUACCAGGAGACUCAGUAACAGAUACCUCGGCUUUGAGGACGAUUUUACCAACAGCCCCUUUGUGCAUCAAUUGCAAAGAUCUCCAAGUUUUUAAGGGGCAAAGGAAAGAUGGUUCCAGAGGGAUUACAAUGACUUACAGAAGUAUGUGGAAAGUUACAAAAGGUAAAAAAAUUGAAGUGACCAUGAAAGUACUUAAACAGGAAUCGUGUGACAAGUAUUUGAAGGAGUUUCUUGAACUUGCUGGCCAAUACGCAUAUCUUCACUCUGACGCAAUUGUGCGUUUGUUUGGAAUAACGUUAUCGAGUAACGUUUCAUUAAUUUUGGAGUAUUUUCGAUUAGGUCCCUUGGACCAAUACUUAAGAGAACAUAAGGGAAUAUUGAAGAAAGUUGACUUAAUUGAAGCAGCUAGUAAUCUUGCUUCAGCACUUUGGCAUCUGAAAGAAAAUGGGAUUGUUCAUGGAAAUAUCAGAUGUAGAAAAUUAAUGGUCAAUUCACACGAUGAAAAUUCCUUCACUGUUAAACUGACCGAUCCCGGAAUUCAUAUUUCCUAUGCAUCCAAAGAGGUUCAUUGGAUACCCCUGGAAUGUUACACGAAUUUGGACUACGCGAAACGAUCAACCGCCGCCGAUGUAUGGGCGUUCGCUACAACCCUCUGGGAAAUCUUUGUGCUUGGUGAAGAAAUAAAAACCACCGAUCACGUGGAAACCAUGAGGUGGUAUGCAAGCGGCAAACGCUUACCUUGCCCCCCGAUAUGCGACAAGGACAUCUACGAGCUCAUGCUGGAAUGUUGGAACGCCGAUCCUCAUCGACGAAAACAACCCCAAGCCAUCAUGCGAGAUAUUAAUCAAAUAUUGUACCAAGUGUACAAUUCAAGACGGACACAUUCCUACGCUAAAAUUUUCACAAAAUCAAAUUCAACUCUACAGACAGUCGCAGCUUCGUCAACUUAUAGUUUAGCAUCAAAUACAACACAAUCGACUUUUAUGGUAAAUUCGGAAGAUUUAAUUGCAGCGAGCGAAAUCGAAAGCGAUUCUUCUGCCCCGUCGAGCUACCGAAGCCAAUCGCAAAAUUGCUUUUUAAAUUCACAGGAAGUUUUGAACAAUGAAGAUACAUAUUCUUGUGAUUUUUCGAACAUACUAUCGAAUUUCAAUUUUUCGACAGUAACGACGUCACUCGAUAGUAUAAAUUCGUUACAAAGUAUACUUGAAUUGGAUCAAGAUUGCAGUGUGGUUUUGCAAGGAAGAAUUGGACAAGGUUUUUACGGAGAGGUUUAUAAAGGAACGUUGGAAUAUCCCGGAAAUCCAGAAAUUGAGCCUAGAAUAGUGGCAAUAAAAAAACUGAAAUCUUCAACUCUAAGUUCGUGUUUGCAAGACUUUGAAAGAGAGAUUAAUAUAAUGAAGACUUUGCAACACCGGAAUAUUGUUGAAAUUUUGGGGGUUUCACGAGAACCAGACAUUUCUCUAGUUAUGGAAUUUGUUCAGCACGGGUCCUUGCAGAGUUAUUUGAAAAUUAAUCGAGAGUCGUUACAAAUGAAACAGUUGCUGAAGUUUGCACUUGACAUUGCAGAGGGGAUGAAUUAUUUGGGAAAGAAAAACAUCGUUCAUCGAGAUUUGGCUACACGAAAUAUUUUGGUAGCUGAUGAAAAUCACGUCAAGAUCUCCGACUUUGGUUUGGCGCAAGUUAUAGGCACUAAUGACUACUACAUUUUGAAAACCAGUAGAGAAUUGCCUAUUAAAUGGUAUGCGCCUGAAAGUUUACGUGAUGGGAAAUUUUCUGUCCGUUCCGACGUUUGGUCCUACGGUGUGACAAUGUGUGAAAUGUUCAACUGGGGCGAAGAGCCAAAAUUGACAAAUCUGGGAGACGAUGAAGUCAGAGGUCAAGAGCAACAAGUUCUCUUGAACGCCUUGGAGAGCGGGGCCAGAUUUCCGUGUCCUGCAUUGUGCCCACAAGCUGUCUAUAUCCGGAUUAUUUACCCAUGUUGGCACGCAGACCCCCACGAACGACCGCCAUUUAUUGAACUUGUCCAGGAAACACAAGAUUUGCUAACGCAGUAUUGAAAUCAGUACGGAUGUGAUAUUUGGUGCCCAUAUAAGGUGGAACAACUCCAUAAAAGGGUAUCUUUUUGAGAAGGUAACGACAUAACGGAGCACAAACAGGAAAGAGCACCACUAGUAUAAUCUUUUGUAAUUUACCUAUUUUAAGAUCAAUUGUUAGAUUUUAGUUUAAAUAAGUACCUGUUGUUUUUAUUAUUUGCUCAAUUUCUUUAUUUGGAACAAGCAUUUCUUGUGCCAUUUCUCAGUGCAAUCAACUUGUAAAUAUGUAUAUUUUAUUUUAAAAUAAAUUUUAAUUGAAGAUUA